UUAUUUUUCGGUUCUUUCUCGUCCGAUUUAGAAUCGAGAUGAUGGCCUCCUCUUUGGGAAGAAUUUUAGGGUCUUCGUUUCUCAGGCCGAAAGCCUCGGUCGUCCGGCUCCAGGGCGCCAAUUUAUCAACUGCCAAUGCCCAGUGGAGUCGAGGGAAAAGAAUUGCCGCAACUUUGGCUGGCAUUACAGUCGGGGGUGGUGCCGCGUUACUCUACGCGCUUGAGAAAAGCGUCCAGGCGUCGGACCUUAUCCUACACCCGCCUAAAUUGCCCUGGGCCCACCGUGGCUAUUUUGACGCCCUCGACCACGCCAGUGUAAGGAGGGGCUAUGAGGUGUACAAGCAAGUGUGUGCUGCGUGCCACAGCUUGAAGUACGUCUGUUACCGUAAUCUUGUCGGAGUCACCCACACUGAACAAGAAGCGAAAGCCGAAGCUGAGGAACAAAUGAUUAUUGACGGCCCAAAUGAGAUAGGAGAGAUGUUCAAGAGACCAGGAAAGCUCUCCGAUGCGAUACCGAGCCCUUAUCCGAAUGAGGAGGCGGCGAGAGCUGCCAACAACGGUGCUUAUCCACCAGAUCUAACGUACAUUGUACCUGCUAGGCACGGAAAGGAAGAUUACUUAUUUCAUUUGCUCACGGGAUACUGUGACCCUCCGGAAGGUAUCCCAUUAAGGGAAGGCCAAUAUUACAAUCCUUACUUCCCAGGAGGUGCGAUCUCCAUGGCUCAAGCUCUUUAUAACGAGAUUAUUGAAUACGGCGACGGCACCCCUGCCACGCAAUCGCAACUCGCCAAAGACGUUGCAACUUUCCUUAAAUGGACGUCCGAGCCUGAGCACGAUGAUAGGAAAAAAAUGACCAUAAAAGUUUUAACCAUCGGCGUUUUCUUCGUUCUGGUGACUAUGUACUGGAAACGUAGCAAAUGGUCAACUAUGAAAUCUAGAAAGAUUUUCUUCCAAGAGCCAAAGAAGUGAAGUGUCUAUUAAUUCAAUUUUAAAAUAAAACAAUUAACUAAUGAAGCAGAAAUACAAAACAGUCAAGCCUCGGUGUCAUUCGUAGUCUUUUUAAAAUUUAAUUUGUUUAAAAAAAAAUAAAUUCUGUAAUUUAUCAGUUUUGUACAUAAUAAGCCAAUUUCCACCUGUAUUAUUUACGUAUUAAUUGAAAAGAAAAUCAGAUUUUUUUUCCUUGUUUAAAGAAAUAAAAUUGUUGUUGACUAUUACA